UUGUAAUUUUAACUGUUGCAGCUGCAGAAUCUGCCAUUGGUUUAGCUAUUAUGGUUAACUAUUAUCGUUUACGUGGUACAAUUGCUGUUCGAGCCUUAAAUUUAUUGAGAGGUUAACCCUAAAUUAAAAUGAAUCAGAUACCUAUGCAAUAUUUUAACUUAGCAGAGGAGAAUUAUUCUAAGUAUGGAUUAUCAGUCAUCCAGCUUAUUCAAAUUGGUAAGUUCUAUGAACUUUGGCAUGAGCCUGACACCCCUAGUAGGCAACAAGCAUACUCUCAAGCCGAGUUAUUAAUUGAGUCCUCCAUGCGGAGUAAGCCUUUAGAGGUGAUGCCUUCUAUUGAACAAGUUGCCUCUUUACUUGAUAUGAAAAUCAUUAGAAGAUCUUUACUUCAAAUGGGGUUUCCAACUUAUUCCCUUACUACUCAUUUAAGUACUUUAUUGAAUAAGGGUUGGACUGUUAUAGUUAUUGAUGAAUUAGUUACUGGUAAAUCGGGGCCAAAACAACGUGCAGUAUCUCAGGUUUAUUCUCCUAGUUGUAACUUAGAGGAUUGUUCGGAAUUACCAUAUGUAUUAUCAAUCUAUUUUUCUCAGGACGACUUAUUGGGUAUUACUUUAUUUUCAGCCAUGAAUGGUCAUAGUAUAAUGUUUCCUGUCUCUUGGAUGGACAGAGAUAAAGUAGUUCGGUUAUUAAUUAAUUAUCGUAUUAGAGAAAUAGUAAUUUGGGCAAAUUCAGAUGGUGAUUCAGAAAUUUUAAUAAAUAAAAUAUAUAAUUUAUUAAUUGGUUGGAAUUUAUUUCCCUCUGAACCCAAUGUUAAAAUUGAAGUUAUGGGAGAAGCGCCAAUCAAUUUCCCAUGUUAUUUUUCUUUUAGGUACGAAAAUGAUAAUAAGGAGUGGCUUUUGUUACAUAUAUUUUUGGGUAUUAACGCAGAGUGGUUUAACAAAAAUUAUCAAGAAUAUACUCUUAGUAAGAUAUUUCAAAGUACUUGGACAGAAGAUGUUAAUCAGGUAAAUAUAAUUAGCCUUUUAGGAGCAUUACAAUUUAUUAAAGAUCGAAAUCCCAAUCUUAUUAAGAACUUACAACUUCCCGAGUGUUACAAUUCUGUUAUUAGUCCUUUAAACUUAAUAUUGUGUAAUCAAGCAGAAUAUCAAUUAGAUUUAUUGCCUAAGGGGAAAAAACUAGGUGGUCUACUUAGUUUAGUUGAUUAUUGUUCUACUGCAAUGGGUAAAAGACUACUAAAAUUCAGACUUCUUAAUCCUAUUACAGAUUAUUCUGAAUUAAAUUUUCGUUAUGAAGAUAUUGCUACAUUUAAACAAUUAAUUAGCGAGAAAAUCUUUGACAAUUCCGAGUUAAAACACAUUAAAGAUUUAUCUUCUCUACACCGUCAAUGGGCAAUAUCUGCUUCAAGUGAUAUUAUCUUACCACCUAAAAAGCUUAGUCAAAUUUAUCAUUCUUAUUUAUUUGCUAAUCAAUUAAUAAACAAAUUAAUAAAUAAUAUUCAAUUACCCCCCUCAAUUAAGCCCCAAUUAGAAUCGUUAAUCAAAGCAAUAGGUCUAAUUUUCCAGGUAGAUAAUCUUCUAGGCGAUUUUAAAGAUGUAUUACAACCAUCUGAUAAUCUAACCAAGCUUCUUUCACAACAACAAACUUUAAGGGCCCAACUCACAAAGUGGGCCGAGCAGACUUCAAACAUUGUGUUUCAAGAUACAAUUUCUAUUAAAGUUGAUUGUUUUAAUAAAGAGGGUUAUGCUUUCUCUAUUUUAUCUAAAAAUCUAACUAAGUUAGAACAUUACAUGACUAGUGCCUCUAUAUCUAAUAAUUCAAUUAUUGUGUUGGGUAAAAGAAGAAACUACCUUAUAAUUACUAGCCCCACCAUUCAGAAAGUGUCAAUCGAAUUAAAUUUAUUAGAAGAGCAGAUUAAUGUUUAUGUAAAACAGACUUAUAAACGAGAACUUAAAAGAUUAUAUUUUAGUCAUUUUGAGUUAUUUUCGCCUUUAGAAAAUAUGAUUUCUAGAAUAGAUAUUGCAUUAAGCGGAGCUAUCGCGGCUAUUAAAUUUAAUUAUACUAAACCUUUUUUGACACCAACAAAAUCCCAACAAUCCAAGGGUCUAAUUGAAGCAAUUAAUUUACGACAUCCAUUAGUAGAACAGUUAAACACUCAAGAAGAAUGUGUGGCUCAUAAUAUAAGUCUAGAAGAUAAAGGAAUGUUAAUAUUCUCAGUAAAUGGCGCAGGUAAAUCCACUUUACUUAAAGCAAUUGGAGUCAACGUAAUAUUAGCUCAAGCAGGAAUGUAUGUAGCUGCAGAUUCAUUUAGGUUAAGACCUUAUCAUUAUUUAAUUACUCGUAUUUUAGGGGGAGAUGAUCUUCAUAAAGGCCGAGGUACUUUUGAGGUCGAAAUGAGAGAUCUUUCAACUAUAUUAAAGCUAGCUAAUUAUAACAGUUUAAUUUUAGGUGAUGAAAUUUGUCAUGGAACAGAAGUUAGUUCAGGAGCAGCGAUAUUAGCUGCAACAAUUGAAAGAUUAACAACUGCACAAACUAGUUUUGCUCUUUCUACUCAUUUACACCAAGUUUAUUCUUUAAUUGAUUCACCAGUUCGGUUCUAUCAUUUAUCUGUUAUUCAACACGAAGAUUUGGGCCUAAUUUAUGAACGUAAAUUAAAACUUGGCCCAGGACCUUCCCAAUAUGGCAUUGAAGUUAUGGGCCACAUAAUUAAUGACAAAAAAUUUUAUAAUAGUGCUUUAAAAUAUCGUAAACUUAUUAACUGGAAACCACCAUCUCGAAGUGAAGCAAGCUCUUUAGCAGUAUUCCGCCCUUCUAAAUAUAAUACUCAAGUUUUUAUUGAUUCAUGUGAAAUAUGCGGAGCUCCAGCGGAGGCUAUCCACCACAUUCAACCUAAGAAAUUAGGUAGUAGAAGAUUAAAUCGAAGGUCAAACUUAGUGCCAGUUUGCUCAAGCUGUCAUUUAGAUAUACAUAGAAAUAAAAUUUCUAUUUUAGGUUGGAAGAAAACCCCAGGACAUAAGAAAUUAUAUUGGGUUUAUCUUAAUGAGUCUUAGACAGUGGAACUGAGUAAAGUCUAGGGUCUAUCGGUAAGGACGUAAACACGAAAUAACAAGGGAGAGACUUUGAACUUGUUUAUCCUAACUGAAAA